GUGCGCUGCAGGGACGUGCUGACAGGGCAGGAGUUUGAUGUCAAAGCCAAGUGUGUUAUCAAUGCCACGGGACCUUUCACAGACUCGGUGCGCAAAAUGGAUGAUCAGGAGGUGCCCAACAUCUGUCAGCCCAGCGCGGGGGUGCACAUCGUCAUGCCUGGUUACUACAGCCCUGACAACAUGGGGCUGCUGGACCCGGCCACCAGCGAUGGCAGAGUCAUCUUCUUCCUGCCCUGGGAGAAGAUGACCAUCGCGGGGACCACGGACAGCCCCACGGAUGUCACCUCCCACCCCAUCCCCACCGAGGAGGACAUCAACUUCAUCCUGAGCGAAGUGCGACACUACCUGAGUGCAGACGUGGAAGUGAGAAGAGGAGACGUGCUGGCCGCGUGGAGCGGGAUCCGGCCCCUGGUCACAGACCCCAACUCCAAGGACACGCAGUCCAUAUCGCGGAACCACAUCGUUAGCAUUAGCGACAGUGGCCUCGUCACCAUAGCAGGUGGGAAGUGGACAACCUACCGCGCCAUGGCGCGCGAUGCCAUCGAUGCUGCCAUUCAGGAGCACAAGCUGAAGGCAGGGUCCAGCAGAACCAUCGGGCUGCAGCUGGAAGGGGCCGAGGAGUGGAGCCCCACACUCUACAUCAGGCUGGUCCAGGACUAUGGGCUUGAAAGCGAGGUGGCUCAGCACCUGGCAUCCACCUAUGGGGACAAGGCUUUUGAGGUGGCCAAAAUAGCCCAGGUCACAGGCAAGAGGUGGCCCAUCGUCGGCAAACGUCUGGUCUCUGAGUUCCCUUACAUUGAAGCUGAGGUGGUGUAUGGGGUGAAGGAAUACGCCCGCACGGCCGUGGACAUGAUCUCCCGCCGCACUCGCCUGGCCUUCCUGAACGUGCAGGCUGCAGAGGAAGCUCUGCCAAGGAUCGUGGACAUAAUGGGGAAGGAACUCAACUGGAGCGAGCAGAAGAAGAAGGAGGAGCUUGAAGGGGCUAAAAAAUUCCUCUACUAUGAAAUGGGCUACAAAGUCAAAUCAGAUCAGCUAACAGACAGCUCUGAAAUCAGCCUAGUGCCUUCAGAUAUUGAGAGGUACAAGAAGCGUUUCCGCAUGUUUGACAAGGACAAGAAGGGGUUCAUUACCACCCUGGAUGUGCAGCGUGUGCUAGAGAGCAUCAACGUGCAGAUGGCAGAAAACACGCUCCACGAGAUCCUGAGCGAGGUGGACCUGAACAAAAACGGGCAGGUGGAGCUCAAUGAGUUCCUGCAGCUGAUGAGUGCCAUCCAGAAGGGCCACGUGUCGGGGAGCCGCCUGGCCGUGCUGAUGAAGAGCGCCGAGGAGAAGCUGCGGCACCGCUCCGUCAUCCCGGUGGACCGGAGCGGCGGGGGACUGUGA